AUGACGGCGGACAACCGAUCGACAUCGGCGCCAUGGCUGCUACCGCCGAUCGCGCUGCAGAUUCUGCACUACCUCGACGACGCCGAUGACGCACACGCAUUUCUUCAAGCGGCGCCCAAUGACAGCCUUGAUGACGCGCUCGACGCGCUACGGACGCUCUUGGCCAUGGACGUGGAGCUGCCACUCUGGCCCACGGCCCACAUUGCCGGCCCGGACGAAGCCUAUACCAGUCCAGAAUAA